CACACGAACGCAAACGCAAUCUCCAGUGAUUUUUGGUUUCUGUUUCGCUGGUCAAUCUCUCUAGGCGCCAAGGGUGAAGCAGGGAGGGAGCCUGCCAAAGGGGUUUCCUCUUGAUUUCUAGUUUAUAGGGAAGCAAUCCAGAUUCAUAGCUAUGGCUGGGAAAGAAGUUCGUGAAUACACCAAUCUCUCAGACCCAAAAGACAAGAAAUGGGGUAAAGGGAAAGAUAAGAUUGACGAUGAAGAUAUUACCUUUCAACGGAUGGUUGCGAAGAUGCAGGAGGUUGCAGGAGAACGUGGAGGUUACCUUCAUGGACGAGGCGCCCUGGACAGUGAUGAUUUGCUCUAUCUUAAGGAGCAGAUGGAAGCAGAGGAGGAUGCAGAGCGCCUCCUUAGACGCACUGAGAAACGAGCCUUUGCAGCAUUCAAGAAAGCUGCUAGUUUGGCUGAUUCUGCACCCGCAUCUGUUCCCUUGGCCCUUCGUGUUGAGCCAAAACCAAAGAGUGGAAUCAGACAGCAAGAUCUAUUGAAAAGAGUAGUGGAAGUUAAACCCAAAAGACCCAGAGUUUCAAAUCAAGCAGAUUUAUCAAAUCCGAAGCAUGACAAUGACAAUGAAAAGGUGAAAGAGAAGCCGUUAGUGAAAACAAACAAAACUGAAGGAGAGACAGAAGCUGAAAAUCCAGUCAAGAGUUUACUAGGUUUGGCAUAUGCUAGCUCUGAUGAUGAUGAGGACGAAUGAAAGAAUGUCUGUAGGGUUCAAUGUAAGAUAGUUCAGGGUGUAAUAUCAAAUGUAACUUUUAGGAGUUUUGAAGGGAUCCUCAUUUUGUUCUAAAUUUUGAAGACUGUAAUUAACUGUUCGAGUUAAACCUUGCUGAGUUAAUGAAAUUAGUUGUUGCUCUAUUGAA